AUGGAGGUGGGAGGAGCCGGCCUGGAUCAGGAAACCUUCCUGAGACGUUUAAUGUGCCCGGUGGUCAACCUCCUGCUGCCCGGGGCCACAGGCAACCUCGGGCUCCACCUGCCUUGCUCUUCCCUGGACUCUCAGGGAGAUGUUGGAGGUGGGCAGCAGGCCCACUCACCCAGGCAGCCUGACCAGCUGGUUCAACUGAGUGACUUGGAAGCUGCAUUUAUCAGCCAAGACCUGUCCAACGGAGGAAUUGACAUCUCUGCAUUAUAGCACUCCAGCUUCCAGGACUACAAGACCUACCAAGGAGACAAGUACCAUGAAGACAAGAACAUCUUGGUGAGAAUGGGGUGAACAUACUGAGGGGCCCAGUCACUAGGGUUUACUGAUGAGAAUAAGCUUUGCAUUGAUCUGGCACAUGACAGGCUGAGUCAGAGUGACAUGAACUACACUGAGGAUGUCCUGCUGUAAUAUCCUAACUGGAGAGGGCAGUCAUUCCUGCGGGAAGAAAUGGCCCGGUUCCUGACUUAACACUACCAGGCACCUGCCCAGUUUGAUCCAGAAAACGUGGUUGUUCUAAAUGACUGCUGUGCUCUAGUUUCCAUGCUGGCCAUGGCUCUGUAUGAUCCAGGUGAGGCCUUUCUGACUGCCACGCUCUAUGGUGGAUUCAUCUUUAGUUCCCACCUGUAUUCGAAAGUUGAACUGAUUCUUGUCCACCUGGAAAGUGAGAUCACCAAUGUGAACACCCACCCAUUCCAGUUUACUGUGGACAAGUUGGAGCAAGCCCUGCUUGAGGCUAGACUUAAUGUAAGGAAGGAGCCAUAACUCAUGAUAAUCAAUCCUCAGAAUCCUGGAGACAUCUACUCCUGAGACUCACUGAAAGAAUACCUGGAAUUUGCCAAGAGGUACAACCUACAUGUGAUUAUAGAUGAGAUUUACAUGCUGUCUGUGUUUAAUGAAUCCAUCACAUUCCACAGUGUCCUGAGCAUGGAAAGUUUGCCUGACCCCAACAGGACCCACGUGAUCUGAGUCACCAGCAAGGAUUUUGGCAUCUCUGGUUUCCACUUUGGAGCUCUGUACACCCAAAACAAGGAGGUGGCCUCUGCUGUGAGCUCUUUUGGCUACCUCCACGGCCUCUCGGGCAUCGCCCAGCACAAGCAGUGUCAGCUGCUCUGGCACAGAGAAUGGAUUGACAAAGUGUACCUGCCCACUAAUUGCUCCUGCCUACAGGCAGCUCACAAGUACAUCACGAACAAGUUGAAGGCAUGGAAGAUCCCCUUUCUCAACUGUGGCUCUGGCCUCUAUAUUUGGAUCACCUGGAAAAGGUGAGCUUUGGGUUAUCUGGACCCAUGCACAUUUGAGGAGGAGCUGCUCCUUCGCUGUGGCCUCUUGGAUAACAAGCUGAUGUUAUCCCAUGGCAAGUCCUACCUGUGAAAGGAGCCUGGCUGGUUCUGCCUCAUCUUUGCAGUUAAGCCCCCACCAGCUAAAACUCGACCCACUAAGCCUCUUUCCCUCUGUUCCCAUUUGGACCCUUUAGCCAUGGAUUGGUUCUAUCAUGUGCUAGCAGAGCAGAAGCAGGAUUUGAUUGUAAAGCAACUGGGAGAUGCAAACAGAGAGGAAGUGGUCUGCCUCCCAACCAGCUGCUCCAGUCAGUCAUGCCCUGAGAGUCCCUAACAUCAGCCUCUGGUCCAGAAGUUGGGGUACUGACCUCAUACUAUAACUGGACAAACAGUGGACUCCUCUGUGAAUGGGCUCAUCUGACCUAGCCAGAAACCUCCUAAGCUGAGCAUCUGUCAUUUUUUGAAGCUUUUCAUCUUUUUAAUCUUUGCCAGCCAUUGGGUAUAGGAAAUGUUUUAUGGGAUUGGGGUGGGAAAGGUGAGAGGACU